AUAUUGCUACGCUGCGGGCCGAAUUGCGGUUACCCGGAUCGUGCCCAGGUCAGAAUCAAUCCGAACGCUCCCAUCGGCAGAAGGAAGCGAAUCGAGCGCAUCGUGCAAAAACGGAGCAACGAGACCCAGAGCUUACCAUACGGCAGCGCAUCGGUAGCCAGCAGCCAGUAGCAGCGUAUCGCGGAUACAACUUCCGGCGCAAUCCACGAAACACAACCCCGGCCGUCAAGAUGGUGUCCGCCGAAACGAUCGGUUCCAUAUUCAUAAAAGUGUUCAAAGUGAUCAUCAACAUCGUGGUGCUGAUCAUCUACCGUACCGGCUAUGGCGGUGAUUUCCUCGGCAUUGGCGGUACCUGGAACCUGAACGAGGAGAAAAGCCCGGACGCAGAAAUCGUUGCGUCGGGUGUGUUUGUCGGUUUCAUCAUCUACACUGGCGUGCAGCUGAUCACUUUCGGUUUCGGCACGACCAAGCACAAGUACGAGCUGUCCGAUACGAUCAUGAACGUGGUCGGUACGUUCAUGUGGGUGGCCGUUGGCGGUACCGCCCUGCACUACUGGCACGGCUAUCUAGCGGAGCAUGACUUCGAGAACAUCACCUCGGAACGAACGGCUGGACUGGCACUCGGAGCACUGUGCGUCAUCAACGGUGCCCUCUAUCUGGCCGACUCGGUGCUCGCCUUCAUUCACUACACGAAAUACGCCUAAAAGCUAAGAUGGAUACUAAGUGAACAUUGCUGACAUUGUUUAGGGUACUAGCUAGUAGUAGUACUAAUCCCAUGGAAGGUUUAAGAAUUAUCUUUUAGUUGGACCAAAAUGCGCCGGAAUCAGCAGCUAGGCGAUUAGCUCCCCCCAGGAGAGUUCUCCGUACGUUAAGCAAGAACAGAAACAUUUGCAGAAGAUUUUGAGCACACAUUUUACAGUUACUGAUCUUGACGCAUUGUUCGGCAAUAAAACUCUCUUGGAUGGACCGGCGGCGCGUAUCCCACAAUCCCUAUCUCCCAUGUGACACGAUCCCAACAAUAAGUUCAAAGUUACAUUAAAUAAACGUAUGGCGGUAUGGAUAGCUUGGGCCUAAUUCACUAGUUACCAUACCAUAACCGAUAGGUAAAA